UGAGCCUAACAAUGACUUACUUAUAGAUUUUCUUUCUGCCAAUGUUGAGCUUACAAACACACAUGUCUGCUAGAUUUAACAACACUAUUUAUUGGAGAAAGAUUCACUGUAGGAUUUAACCUGGAAAAUCAUCAGAAUCAUUUUGGUGAUAUUACUCAACCUGUAUGAAAAGAUAAAAUGGGGUCUGGCUCUUCAAAGAAAAGCAGCUCACAGAAAGUGCAGAAGCAACAAGAGCCAACACAACAUGUCAAAACUGCUCCAAUAAGGCACAAUGAAACCGCCAAUGAAGCUGAGAAAGACAAUGCUGGUGAUCCUCCAUCAAGAGCACCUAGUUCAAAAUCUACAAAUGUAAGAACAGCUCCAAUACAGCACAAUGAAACUGCCAAUGAAGCUGAGAAAGUCAAUGCUGGUAAUCCUCCAUCAAAAGCACCUAGUUCCAAAUCUACAAAUGUAAGAAGUAUAGUUUUGAGCUACCACAGCAGUUAUUCAACUUUAGCUGCUAUCAUCAAUGACAAGCUUACAACAAGAGGAAUCAAAGUGUUUAAAAUGACUGAAGCUGAGCCAAGCAGUCUACGUAUGCGAGAGCAAGCUGUACAAUGUUCCCUGGGUAUUGUCGUCCUAGCAUCUGUGAAAUACCAACGUGCACAACCUCUGCAUGAACUGAUCAACUUUGCUCAGGGGAAGUGGAAAGAUGUAUUUGCCAUCUUAGUGCAACCAAACUAUAAGCCAACAGGGCCCCUUGCAGCUAUAAUGUCAGUUGGUAAACUUACUAUACCAUUUAAGAGCACUGCCAAGUUUGAUGACACAGACAGUGAUCUGCUUGUAGAGGCUAUCAAUGCAUCAGAAUCAAGUGGAAAGGACAUAACAGUAGACAUCGCUGAAUCAGCACCUACUGGCUUCAAACAGGGAGCAGCACAGGGAGUAGUAAUUGCUUAUAUGCCAGAUUCUAGUGACUGUGUUAGUCUCAUAACUGGAUCAGAUCUUCAUAAGUUCUCUCCAAAUGUCCUCCAACCAAAUAAUUCCAAUAUAGAAAAGGUUUGCAACUGUCAAGUCUUCAUUGCAGUCAUGUCACCAGAAUAUGAAAAUUCAGCAAUUCGUCAGGAAGAAUAUGAAUGCGCCAGGGCUUUGAAGAAGGAAAUUGUGCCAAUCAACUACAAGAAAGGGUACCGUCCUGGUGGUUGGCUAGAGUUGGGCAUUGCUGGGAAACUUUACCACAGGCUUUAUGAUUCUGCAACUGCUUAUAAGAAACAGUAUGACAGCACACCUAUGAAUGAUUUUGUCUCUGCUGUUGCUGCAUUGUUGAACCCACAGGCAACAGAGGAGCAGCGAGAGGCAGCCCAGCAUAAAGCUAUUGAUGCGGAAAUAGCACCAAUUAAGGCCAAGCUUGAACAGAAUGGACAAUGGCCACCAAAGGACUAUAAAAUUGAGAGGAAUGAAGAACCACCUGUUGAGAAUCUUAGAAAGUAUAUGGAUGGAGAUAAAAGUGAGCUAGGUAUGGCAUACAUACAUCAUGAAAUAACACGUAUGACUUUUAACCCACCAGAACCACUUUUUGAUCCAAGGGGUGUACCUAUAAAGCAGAGAUUUGAUGUUAUGCUGUCUUAUCAAUGGGACAUCCAGACCUUUGUGCGUGAUCUCUAUAUGGACUUUAGCAUGAGAGGAAUGAAGACAUGGCUUGAUAUCUGGGGAGGUAUGCUCGGUAAUAUAUAUGAUUCUAUGUCCAACGCUGUUGAAUCUUCAACAUGUAUUAUGUCAUUCUUGACUAGUAAGUACCUUAAGUCUGCUAAUUGCAACAUUGAGAUAAAGUAUGCAAUUGCCUGUAGGAAGCCAAUUGUUUUCUGUAUCGUUGAGCCAGGUCUUACUCUUCCUCCAUGGCUAGAAGAGGUGGUAUCAAGAUCACCAGUGUAUGAACUCUCAUCAACAUCACAAUUUGGUAUAAAAGAUGAUGGGAUCCCUCGAAUCAACCGUGUGACAGAGACGAUUAGACGUCUCAUCAAGGCCUACCUCAAGUACCAACAGGAUGAGGGGACAACAGAAGAGGUCCAAAUGAAAAAAGAUCUCCUCCAACGAGCAAAGAUGGCUCUUAGUGAGAUGAAUACAGGAACAGCAAGCUCUGGGGGAAAGACAUGUACUAGAUGUGGAAUGAAGUUCACUGACUCAGAACCACAGGGUUGUAAGAAACACAGUGCUUACUAUAUGGGAGGCACAAUCAUGGCAGGGAGAUGGGUCUGCUGUCAACAGAGAGAAAAGGAUGGCCUUGGGUGUCAAAACUGUGAUCAUACAAGUGUUAAGAGAUCAUUCAAUGAGAUGUCACAUGGUGGUUGCUAUCAAUGGACUCCAGCAUAAAUAUUAAGACAUUUAUACUCAUUUGGAUUGGUUUCAAAGGCAAUGAGUUGGAAGGAAUCAUAGAUAAAUUUUCUUGAAUGAUGCAAACAAUUUGAUUUUCUCUUUGGAAUCUCAAGAAAUUUAUCAUAAUUUUGUGUUUAUAUAAAUGUAAAGACCCUUAACUAAAAACUAAACAAAACGAAAACAAUGUAUGGUUUUCGUAUAUAUUCAUAGUCCAAAUUAAGGGAUCAAGAGUUGACACCAAAUAAUAAGGAAACAAAAAAAACUAUGUAGUUGUGAAGUUCAUCUUAUAGCAAUGUCAGUAGGCAUAAAACCUCAUAUCAUCCAUACCAAGGUUUUCUGCAAGCUGAGUUUGCUUAGUGUGUUGAUACACUACUGAAGCAAUUUAUAGGCCCUGUGCAAGUAUACUGUUUAAUCAUUUGAAUAUUACGUUUCAUGACUUGAUAAAAAUUAUUUGGGACAUGUUUUGAAGAAUGUGACUUUUUAAAGUUUUCAAAUAUUCACUGAUUUCCUUUUC